AUGGAGAAGCAUAAGUUGCAACCGGGGGAGGAGGCCAAAAUACGGGCCAUCUUCUUCUUCAUCGGGCUUUUGCUUAGCCUGCCAUCCCACGUGAUAGUAAAUGUGUCUUUUCUGAUAAAUCGCAUCUACAAUGAGGAAAUUUUUGUCAUCGUAAUGGGGAUCGUAUCUGGCUGCAUGAUCAUCUCUUCAGUGUUUCAGUUAACCUUUGAAAGGACCUCCUUCAAAGCCAUCAUGGUGUUUAAUUCGCUAAAUACAGCCAGUAUGCUAGUCCUCUUAGUAGGCAUAUGUGUUUGCAAGUGUUCCAAGUAUUAUGUCUACGUAAUAUGUGGCGUCAUUGGCUUGUUUAUUGGUUACCUUUAUUCAGCCUGCACAAAGUAUUCUCUCCUUAUGGCUAUAAAAGUGAAUGGCUACAUGAUUACGGGAAUUAGUUUCAGCUCUCUUUUCUUUUUUGGAAUAAAUUUAUUAAUGUCCUAUUUUACCAUAGAAGAGGGAAAUGUGAACUCGUACUACAAUGCCAUUUCCUUAUCCAUUGGUACCAUUGUGCUGAUCGAGUUUUUUAUUAUUCUCUUUAUUAUGUAUGUACAAGUCAGCUCUCCUUUCUUUACUGAACAGCGCCAGAAAAUUGAGCUCGAAAUUUGCCAAAGUGCUAAUAAGGACAAAGAUUUGAGCUCCAUUGAACAGGGGAAGGCGAACAAACAGAAGUCUAUUUUUUCUACAUAUGCUUCAAAAUCCAAGGACGGAAGUGUGCACUCGUCUUUCUUCACCUCAUGUAGGGACAAAAUUGUCAAUUUCAAGAAUAUGUUUAACUGCACCAACAUUACUAAUGGAGCUCGUCUCAUUAAGUACUACUACGUCUGCCUCAUCCCUAUAUCCUUCUCCAUUUUCGUCUCCUCCAUUGUGUAUCCCCAUAUGAUCCCCAACAAGCUCCAAAAAGGCGUCUACGUGAACUACCUAUUCAUGUUCCUGUACCAACUGAGCGACAUGCUCUUCAGCCUCCUCGUCACGGUCUACCUGACCGCUUUUAAUUUCCUAAAACAGAAGUACAUUGUGAUGCUGUGCCUAAGUAGACUUAUCCUCCUCGGCCUCGCAUUCAAAAUAAAGAACCUACCAGAUGGAGACUACAUGCGCUCAAACGGGUUCGUGUCGCUCAUCAUAUUUCUAUUAGGUUCUACCAACGGGUCAUUUAUAAAUAUUAGUUACGCCAGAAUAGGGGAUUGUUUCGAAGAAUCCAGCACGAAGGAAAAGAAGAUUGCCGUCUCUUCCUCCUUUUGCGCACUCUCUCUAUUGAUGAGUUUUGCUUUAGCGCCUUGGUUCUGCAAGGCGAUCAUUGAUUUGUGA